GGACAGACACAGGAUCUGCAAACACGCAGCCGCCUCCUGGGGUCCACCCUUCAGUUCGUCUACUGGGACUAACUGGUGUCAGAGCGCAGUAGUGGACUCCAGGAACUCGUUCUCCUAAAAAUGCCCACACGGACCAAAACCUGGAUGUUCUUUGCUGGCUUCCUCACCAGCCUCGGGGCCUCCGCCAUCAUAUGCUCCAUUCUGGGGACAUCAGAGUGGAUCACCAGCACCAUCAGCAUCCAGGACAACAUCUCCCAAGGCACGGUUAUCAUCACCUACGGGCUGCUGCGUGGACAGAGUUUUCCCCAACUGAGUCACGGCCUCGAGGAGCCCAUGAAGUAUUUUGAAGUUUUAGGGACCUUGAAAGCCUCUUCUCAGAAAAGCCUGCAGGUGGUGGCCGUCCUGUUCGUGGUGUUCAGCUUGUGUGCCUCGCUGCUGAGCUGUGGCUUCACCUUCUACAACAGUGUCAGCAACCCCUACCAAACCUUCCUGGGGCCUGUGGGGGUGUACACUUGGAAUGGACUUAGCGCAUGCUUCAUUUUCGUGGCCAUGAUGCUGUUUGUGGGGAACACGCAGUCCUACCAUCUCUCGCAAGAGCUGUCGCAGGUACUGCACCCAGACUUUACCCCGAAAGGAGCCACCCACAGCUACGGCUACUCAUUCUGGCUCAUACUGCUGGUCAUUCUUCUCAAUGCCGUCACCGUGGUCAUCAUCGUUUUCUACCAGAGGGCCAGAUACCAGCAGAAGCAGGAACAGAAAAAGCCGAUGGAAUAUGCGCCUCGAGAUGGGAUUUUAUUCUGAACUCUGCCUUGUGUCCUCCUGGCGUCUCUAGCUCUCCCCUUGGGGUCCAGUUCCCUGAACAGUGACGGGACACUUUCCUGGGCGUUCAGUGCUGAAAGCGACUGCCCUUCCUGAGUGCUUUGUGUC